AUGUCUAACUUUGUCAAGCCAAUCCCUAAGAGCAUCCUCAUCUUUGGUGCGGCUGCUCACAUCGGCCGCCCGCUGACCGAGUAUCUCACCCGGGAAGCGCCCUCGAUCAAGCUGCGUCUCGCCACAAGCAGCCCCAAUAAGAAGAAGCAGCUCCAAGAUGCCUUCCCCAAUGCAGAGGUUGUCCAAGCCAACUACAGCGACGUGGCGUCUCUCUCGGCGGCUGUCAGCGGCAUCGAAGGCGUCUUCGUCAUCACCCCCGGCGGCCUCUCUGAGCACGAGGCCAUGACGAACCUGGUGACGGCGCUGAAGGAAGCCAACAGCGCCAUCCACAUCAUCCGUCUCGUAGGGGUGUUUCCGGAAAUCCCGGCGUCGCAGAUACCCGCCACCGUCGGCCCCGGGUCUCUCGCGGUCGAGCACCCCAUCGCCAAGCGCAUCCUUGACGAGAGCGGGCUGCCCGUCACCUACAUUAACUCGGGCGCCACGUUCAUAGACAACUUCUGGAUCCAGAUCCGCCCCGUCCUCGCCAAGAAGACGCUUAUCUGGCCGGAGCACCGUGUCCCCUUUAUCGACCCUAGAGAUAUCGGCGAGGUUGCCGCCCGGCUCUUCCUGUCGGACAACGCGAAGCACAUUGGCGCGUUCCACACCAUGAACAACGGCCACGACUGGCUCACGUACCGGGAGGUCGCCGACAUCCUGUCCGAGGUCUUGGGCGAGCCCAUCGGUUACGAAGGCGACUUCGAGGCCUUCUCCGGGUUUUACGGCCCGGUCAUGGGGCCGCAGAUCGUGCAGUACCUUUGGAACUUUUUCAAGUACGAGGAGUCGCAUGAGGUGAUGUGGUCUUUGAACAACUUUGUGGAGAGGACCUUGGGGCGGAAGCCGACGACGGUGAAGGGGUGGUUGCUGGAGCAUAAGGAGAAGCUCACGCAAGGGCCUGGAGGCAACGGAUGGGCGUCGAAACAGUAG